AUGCCAGUCCAGGACCCAGCAGCAGCAGCGACAAUGAACGAGAUCGCAGCACAUCAGUACACGUUCCGCGCUGAUCCCUCCAUCCCAUCUCCAGCAGAGGGCGUCACAAAGCGCGAGGAGGGCGCUAAUGGGGACGAGAAGAGUCCCAAUAAGGGAAAGGCGGUCAACAGGGUCGGACGUGCCUGUAAUGGCUGUCGCAAACAGAAAAUGCGCUGCGAAGGUGCUGACAACCCACCCUGCAAGCGCUGUCGACACGCAAACAUCCCCUGCAUGUUUGAAAAGCCUAUGCGAGAGCAGCAGGGUGAUGCCCAAAGUGCGGACCGGAUACAGAAGCUCGAGUCCCAAGUGGGCACGAUUCAGAGCACUCUUGAAGAGCUCGUCAGCGCCCUGAAAGGUCCUAACGCCGUGGCUGCUUUGACUGCAGCAGCUGCACCAGUACGACAUGCCUCCCCCAGCUCAUCAUCCCAGCACUACCAAUCCGUACCGCCGAGGCUUUCGUCCGCCGACGGACCCGCGCACGGCUCACCACCUGGAGGCCCGGCAGGCUCCGUCUCCAGUACCAGCCAAGCAUCAGCAAACUCGAUGACCUCCCCCGUACAGUACAUGUCCGAGCGGGAAUUGCAGGCUGCACAAACGCUCGCCAUGGGUGGGCAGCGCUACCAGGCGCGACGACAGGAGAGGAGCGAGAGCGUUGCCUCCAGCCAAUCAAAUUUUAUGCCGCAGGCUGACGGGUCGAGCCAGCACUCUCCCUCCCUACCAAGAUUAGGGCCAUCUCGCACUGGCAACGCACCAGAGGAUCGUCUCCCACCUCUCAACAUUCACACGGAUUCAUUCUCGAGGCACACCGGCUCGAAUAGUUCCUCCAGCAACCCUCUAUCGGCAGCACCCCGACCUUUGUCGGAAAUCACGUCUCCCAAACGACCGCGUCCGCAUACUGGUCCCGUCAACUUUUCCGUAGACAUGGAUGGAAUGGGCCCACCUGCUUGGAACAGACCGCGUAGUGCUGGCGGCGCAUGGUCGUCAAACGUUACAAGUGCCUAUUCCUCUGACAAUGAGGGGGAGCUGUCUACCUCCGGGCUCACAGCUCCCCUCGAAGUGCUCCGAAGUUUGGCAGAGCAUCAGGAGCAAGAGCGGGAACGGCGUCGAGCUGCGGGAGGGAGGAGCAGAGCUACGAGUAGUGUGAGUGGGGAUUGGACAGCAGAGAUGGAGGGUGGGGAGAGACCUUCCAAGCGGAGACGAGUUGGAAGGAGGGCAGCGAGACCACAUGUUCACCCGGAUGUCGUCACUAAAGGGAUCAUCUCAGAGGAAGAAGCGAAGGAUUACUUCAAGACGUACUACGAGCACUGCUCCAAGUUCCUGCCCGUGUUCGAGCCCGAACUGGACACGUACGAGGACCUCCAUCGGCGCUCACCCUUCUCCGUGGACGCGAUAUGCAUGGUUGCCUCUGCGAUCAAGGAUGCGAGCAACGGCCAGAGCGAGACGACAAAGCGGCUCAUGGAGGAGGUCAAGAUGAUCUCGAGCAACACACUCUGGUUGCCUGUGGCACGAAGAGAGGUCGUGCAAGCGAGCAUUGUGGUCGCUGGCUGGUCAACAAACGGCUGGCUCCUCGGAGGACAUGCCAUACGAAUGGCGCUUGAGCUGGGGAUACACAAGGCUUGGCCCCGUCUACUUAAGAAGAUCCGAUCGGGGAGUAAGCUCAAGGAUAUCAGAGGUUCGGAUGAGCACGAUCUGGUUGUUUGUUCAAGGAUAUGGUUCACCCUGUUCUUGUUCGAACAUCAAAUCGCCUUCGGGACAGGUCGACCUUUCAUGAUCAAGACGGACGAGUCCGUGCAAGAUGCAGCGCUGAUCAUGGAACACCCGCUCUCAGUCGAAGACGACAUGCGCCUCGUCUCCUCUGUAGAGCUCAUGAUCAUUCGGGAGAGGGUGAACAAGCGCAUGGGGGUGGAGGGCCCUGUUAAACCCGAUACGCAGGAGGUCGCACGAGAUGCCGAGCGACAGUUUUAUGAUUGGUUCGAGAGAUGGGACAUACAACUUGCGUACAAGUGGCCUUCAAAGCUCUUCUAUCGACAUAGUCUAUUAGUGCAACGAUACCUAAGCGAGCUGUUUCAUAACGCGGUUGCAUUAAGAGGUAUCAAGAGCAUGUCAGACGUUGAACAGCUGGCGCCUGACACCUGGCAACAAAAACUUGCCAUCCAAUCGAUGAAAACAGCUCAAAGCGCGCUCGACAUUUGUUGUCGAUCAAUAGCCUACAGGGAUGACCUGAAAUACGCGCCCGAUUAUACGCACGUGACCGCCACCUUCGCCGCUGCUUUCCUCAUCCGUUUGGCUCGCCUAUUUCCGAAGGAAGCCGACCUAUCCGCGAUCCUCAGUGAUGUGAGCAGUCUGGCACAAGAAUUGGCAAAUGCUUCCGCUACCAGAUAUUCGAAAACACUAAAGAAAAUGAUUCGCAUUGCUCAAAAACGGCGCGUCCUCCCCGAACAAGUUACUGUCAAUGGAGACAACGCGCUGCAGGACGGUGCAGGAGCACCCAUCGUAGAUGAGGGUGGCGAGAUGGCCUUGGAGGUCUCUACCGACCCGUCUUUGGCGGGUGCGCCCCUGAAUGAUUGGCCGAAUGGUGCACCGAAUCAACCACAACAAACAUCUCUCUCGCCUCCAGAAGAUCUCUCACUAAUAAUGGGCUUGCCCAUGAUUUAUCCUGAUCCUGAAUUUACCGAGCCGGCUUUAGGUGGCGACCACCCGGUUGUCAAUAUGUAUCUCCCAUAUCCUGCCACGUUACAACUACCGCCCGACCAGAUAGGAUUAUUCCCACCAGAAACGAGUUUCAGCGCUUUCCACCCUCAAGGCUUUGGUUAUGCUGCCGCGACAGGCAAUUGGAACAUUGACGAGAACGGGAAUGAGAUUCCCGAGAUAUGGUGA